AUGGACUCCUCACGGAAUUAUCAGAAAACAGUUCUAGACAAUCUUCCAUGCUCCUUACCGACGAGAGACAUUCCCGAAGAUAUCGAUCCAUGUUCCAUAAGUCAGGUAUUCAGCACCAGGUUAGCCCACCUGAGCGACAAUGAGUUCACACAAGAUGCUAUAUGGAGGGACAUGUUCUCAUUGAGUGGUACUCUGCGAAGCUUCUAUUCUGCAAAGGUCAUACUGCCGACAUGGCGUCUACUAUGCCAACGGCGAAAGACGACAGCUUUCAAGCUUAGACUUGAAACGGCAUUUGUGAACAGGAAAGGAGCGGACGUUGCUUGGAUAGAGGUAUCGUUUAACUUCACUAUAGGACUACCCCUGGCGGCUUCGUGUUCGGGGUAUUUGUGCCUUGUCCCAAAUAGGGAGGGGGAAUGGAAGAUAUGGGUCAUGGGUACUAUACUAGACCAAUUGCCUGCUGAGUACGGGGAUAUUGAUCAACUUGAUCCUGUCGAAUCAUCCGGAAGCGAUUUGCACAUUAACGAUACCGCAAGAAAUAACCCCGUCAAAGUAAUAGGCAAGUCACGACCAACUCACCAACAGACCUUGCAACAACAUUUUGAUUGCAUCAUUGUCGGUGCUGGUCAAUCCGGGCUCUGUACUGCUGGUCGGCUACAAGCGUUGGGAGUUUCGUAUAUCUGCAUUGAUAGUAAUAAUGAAGUUGGUGAUAGCUGGAGACUACGAUAUGAUUCAUCGAAGAUUCACACUACUCGAGAAUCUUCCCAUUUGCCAUUUGAAACAACAUUUACAUCCGAUUAUCCGGAAUGGUUGACGAAAGAUGAUUUGGCAGACGCUUUCAAAAUAUGGGGUGAUAGAUACGGAAUUACAUCUCACAUCUGGCUUUCCACCACUCUCGAGUCCGGAUCAUGGGACGAAUCAACGAAAAGAUAUACCCUGAAAUUACGAAAACGACAACCGGGAUCAGGGCAGUCUGAUCUGGUCACGGUCACAAGCUCACAUGUGGUCAUGGCUAUUGGCAUAAACUCGCAAGUACCCAAGUUUCCAGACUAUGCAAACAAGUCUGAAUUUCAGGGUACGGUGAUGCAUUCUAGAGAUUAUAAAAACUCACUCAACUGGAAAGGCAAACAUGGAGUUGUGGUGGGUACUGCGAAUACAGGACAUGAUAUUGCCGAAGACAUGGUCAAGGCUGGACUGGCUUCAGUCACCAUCGUACAGCGUAGCAAGACCUACGUGAUACCUCAAACAGAAUACCAGAAAUGGGCAAAAACACAAUACAACCUCGAAACAGACAUGAAAUCCUCUGAUAUCAAAUGCUUCGCAUACCCCAAUGUUCUGAGCCGAAAACUAGGCUUACUCAGAAAUCGAUCACUAUAUGCAACUCGACCGAAUCUAUAUUUCGAAUUGAAAAGAGCGGGCUUCCUUCUUGAGCAAGAUGAUGAUCUUACGCGGCAUCUUUGUGAACGUCUUGGGGGUCAUUAUAUGGAUAUAGGGGCAUCGAAGAAGAUUGCUGACGGAUUGAUUAAAAUAAAAGCAGGUUCUCCGCCGGUCUCAUAUACCCCUACCGGCCUCCUAUUCGCAGAUGGCACUCAUCUCAAAGCAGACGUCCUCGUCUUCGCUACCGGAUUUCUAGGGAAUAUGCGUGAUAUAGUACGUCGCAUAUUCGUAGAUGAAGUUGCGGACAGAGCCGGGGAUUGUUGGGGUGUUGAUGAUGAAGGUGAGAUAAAAGGGGUUUUUAAACCUACUGGACAACCGGGCCUUUGGUACAUAGGCGGUGCGAUCAGUCAUGCGAGAUUCUUCUCGCGGUUCAUUGCUAUGCAGAUCAAGGCUGCGCUCGAAGGGAAAAGCUUUCCGGUGUUUGAUGCCAACGAGCAGGAGGUUUCAUCGAGACUUUGACAUGAGGACAAAGAAACAUCUAGCUCGUUAGGCUCAUACUUGAAUUGAUAUAAUCUGUCUGAAUGAUAAUAGCACCGAGCUGUGGAUAAUAUUGAAAAUAGGAGACCAAUGAAAUUCCAAAGUCACGCCACUUAAAAUCAGAUAUGUACAAGUCGAAAUGAAGCAUUGCUAGUCAGUAAUAGAGCUAUAACAUACAAAAAGAAAACAGUGCCAUUUCUCGUUGACUUAUCAAAAUCAGGGUAUAAGUAAUCAAAUAAUAGCACAUCGCGCGUGAAUGUAGCCAAAACAUCUUCUGAUAGUACUAUAAAGUACCCAUUAUGAGAAGAAAAAGGGAAUACCCCUUGUAUCCCGGAGAACAGACAUAG